GUGUAGCAAUGGAAAGUUAAUAAGUGAUCCUGUUUGUGAUAUUAUUGUGAAGAUUUUUGAUUUGCAGCAAGGUGGACGAGCUCUGAUGAAUACGGUUGUUCAUUUGCGGAAGUUGUGUAAUCAUCCGUUCCUUUUCGAGAACGUUGAAGAUGAAUGUCGUGAAUAUUGGAAAGUACCCGAUAUCUCUGGCAAAGAGUUGUAUCGUGUCAGUGGUAAAUUCGAGCUGUUGGAUCGUGUGCUCCCAAAACUGAAAGCGUCAGGACAUCGAGUGUUGAUGUUCUGUCAGAUGACUUCAUUGAUGACCAUUAUGGAGGAUUACUUCAACUUCAGAGAAUACAAAUAUCUCCGACUCGACGGUAGCACAAAGCCGGACGAACGUGGUCAAUUGUUGGCCAUGUAUAACGCACCGAACAGCGAGUUUUUCAUCUUCAUACUGUCCACUCGUGCAGGUGGAUUAGGUUUGAAUCUGCAAACAGCAGACACUGUGAUCAUUUUCGAUUCAGAUUGGAAUCCACAUCAGGUCUGUGAAUUA